ACGUCACGAAAGCUUCCGGACGCUGCCGAAGCCAAUCUCGGUGUCGUGACGCCAUCAACGGGCGACUGCAGCUUGGAUUGAAGUGGUCUGAAACUCAGUUUGAUAUUUCACAGACAAGGAGGACACAGUGGUAAUGAUUCGGAGCCUUGAGUGUUGAACAAGUGAGAGACACUUGGAGCCUUGAGUUUACAGUUUUGCUAAUGAUGUUGAUGGUGGGAAGAGUUUGAGUGAGAUCUUUUUUCCAUACGGUGAGGAUCUGUGAGAAAGGAACACAGCAAGGAACAAAGAAAACCAAAAACAAACCAAAUUGUCUACAACAACAAAGGGGGAAGAACGAUCUUAGGGACGGGUGUUGGGGAUGGGGUUGAAGAGCCAAAGAAGGACGUCAUGGUUCACAGCGGCUCUUCUUCCCCAAUGAAAACAGCACCAUCAGCAUCACCUCAUUUAACUGUUCCUGCUCCAGUCCCCCUCUGCAAAUAGCACCUCCUCUGGUGACUGUCUCUGAAGAUACUACUGGCCAGGAGUUAACCCAGCACCCUGCAAAGCUCCUCAUCACAGAACUUACUUCUACUCCAUCUCCAACUGGUGCCGAACCGCCCGUUGUAACCCCAGCAAAAGUGCAUACAACUAGCUCUAGCCAACCAUCUCCCUGGUCUUCAACACAAACUCCACCCCCUGCUCAGCUCGCCGUCAAUGGCCGUACAUCAGGCAGGAAGAGGACGCCUAAGGCUUGUGACUGUUGUGGCCCCAACAGUACGGGACACAAUGUUCAAACCUCAGGCAGAGGGAGGGGGAGAGGUAGAGGGAGAGGUAAAGGGCCUGGUAGGGACCUUAGUGAAACACCUAAAAGAAAAGUGGGGGGUCAGCUGACGCGCAUCAAGAACCCUGAUUUAAUCCAGGACAUUGUAGAAGAAGCAGAGAAUGAAGAUUGCAUACAAAAGACAAUGCAAGCCACUGAAGUGGUGGACAAUACUCAGCCGCAGACACUUGUUCCCCUAGCUGUCGCAUCCCUUCAUGAUGGAUCAAUAAGAAACUGUGUCACUCCAGAGAAAGGGGAUUCACCGAUAAAUGAACACAUGUGGACAGAGGGGUCAGAGGUUAUUGGCUCAGUAGGGAAGACAGUUGGUCAUCUGGAGAUGAAGUUGCCUCUAAUUCUAGGCAGGGGAGCACUGGUGGUUAGAGGGAGAGGUGUAAGGGGAAUGAUGGGGUCUACUUGUGUAUCACAAUUUAGAGUAGGAGUUGGAUUAAACAGGGCAGGUAGUAACCAAGAUGAGAAAAAACAUUUAGAGAUUGAACAUGUGGAGCACAUUGACUCCUGCAUAAUUAAAUCUCCAAUAGGAAAUGGGGAGACGGUAAAUUUAUCUGACACAGAACCUGAAGAGCAGACAAAGGACGACAGUGUGAUUAUGAGUGAUCCUGGAUACGGACUAGUAUCCAUCUCAGGUCCUGCUUUGGGUUCAGAGACUCCCCAGGAUCUUGACUCUGAAAUGCAGGUGGAUCAAAUUCCUGAUGAAGCAGACCAAGCUUUUUAUCACUAACUCUGUCCAAUGGAAACCUCACCAUGCCAACCGACCAGAGUCAGGUAUCUACGCCUUGUCCUCCUAACCAGGAACCCAUAAUGGUGUGCAAAAUGCAGCACCACUGUGCAUUAAUAGACCACAGGCUGUACUGUCGACCUGGAACCUGGGAGGAGGAGGAGAUGGAUGAAAGGUUGGCUAAGGAACAGUCAGAGGAAAGUGAUGGAAGACCCCAGAAUGAAGAAAGCCUGGAGCAGAUUACUGACAUGAUCCAAGACUUUUUAGAGAGUUUCUAUAUGAAGUAUGGCAGUUUCAUUCCUCUCAGUGAGACAGAUGUCCUGGAAUACCUGAAGAAAAACUGUAACUCUGACCUCAGCAUCAAGGGACUGGACAUCAAGGGGGCCAUCACUCGGUACAGGGCGGGGCUUGCGUCUGUUCCUAUUGCAGGCUUUAUGGUGAUGUACAACAAACACACCCUGAGCCUGGAGGACCUGGCCACACUCGAAGAACAGAAUUGGCUCAAUGAUCAGAUUAUCAACAUGUAUGGAGAGCUCAUUAUGGAAGCAACACAACAAAAGGUCCAUUAUUUCAACAGCUUUUUCCACAAGCAGCUGGUUGCCAAGGGUUAUGAAGGUGUGAGGAGAUGGACUAAAAAAGUCGACCUGUUCUCCAAGUGGCUUUUGCUGAUUCCCAUCCAUUUAGAAAUCCACUGGUCUCUUGUCACGGUCACCAUGGCAACCAAAACUAUCAGUUAUUAUGACAGCCAAGGCAUCGUGUUCAGACACACCACAGACAACAUAAUGAAGUACCUUCAGUCUGAAGCCAGGGAGAAGAAGCAGACAGCUUUCCAGAAAGGCUGGAAGAUCACCAUCAUCAAGGGCAUUCCUCAGCAGAAAAAUGACAGCGACUGUGGAGUUUUUGUCCUUGAGUACUGUCGCUGUCUCUCUGUGAAACAGCCUCUGCUCUUCAGUCAAGAGGACAUGCCUCGCAUCCGCAACAGAAUCUACAAGGAGCUGUGUGACUGUCGCCUCAACGACUGAAUGUCUGUAUAAAGGCCUCCUUUACGUUUUGACUGGUUUGUCCAGGUCUGUCAGAUGUCCCGACUUGCUGACAGCCCGUUACAUAAUCUAAUACAGCCUGGCCCCCCAUGUUCUAGGCUCUCCUGCCAGUAUACCUGUGACUGACUGGUCUGUAGCUUCAGGUUUUCACUCGCAAACCUGCAAUGAACUACUGAUGUGGGCCCCUACUGACCCCUCAAAGAUGCUGUACCCAUCCAGAUGUUUUUGUGUUUUACGUGUACCCUCCCCAGUUCAACGCCUUUAAGGACUCCAUGGGGAGUUUGACUGAAGUCACUGAUGUUGGACCAGGAUGAGCAUUCUCUUCCAAACAAGUGGCCUUAUGCCGCGAACGGCCAUUUUAAACCAAUUGACGUUCCUUUUAACAGUUUAUUUUGUGCUGGACUUAACAGCAGUGUCAUGCUUACGGUUACACGCGUGUUGAGCUAGGAUGUGAGAUUCAGUGGACCAAUAGUUCAUCAAAACUUGAACGUUUGAGUUGGCAGACAUUUGCAUGGUCAAAGGCCAUUUCAUUGAAUCUAGGAUAUCCGCCGAAUGUACUUCCUCCUGGCAUCUUUGCAGGCUGGUGACUCGGCACCACCCAGGCUACAGGUAUUACAGGCUUGAAACAUGAACGCUAUUAUAGAUCAUUUUUAAGGUAGUUUUUGUUCAAAGUAUUAGAAUUACUCAGUUUAAAUUCUUAUUAAAAUUCCAGUUUUUCCUCAGUUAUCUUGCACUUUUUUUGUUUUGCUGUAAUCACAUGCUUGUGGUAACCUCUAAGCUAAGCCAUUGUUUGGUCAUUGUUCAUUUCUAUUUCCGUUGAAAAUCGUGUCUCAGGCUGGUUAGUGAAUAUCGUGUUAGGUUGUACGGCUAGCUGCUGAUUUGAGGACCACCGUUUUUGUUUUAAGCCAAGGACUCUCUCCAGCUUUAAACCGUCACUGCUUCAUAUGCAUUAACACAGGGUGCAGGAAGCCCUCUUACAGUGUGGCUUUCUAUCGGAGAAACAAGUGGACCUCAGUUACUUUGAUAUUCUCUCCAGUCCAACCUGGGUUUUGUUGUUCUAUUCACAUAUUUACAGAUAGUAUUGUACUUUUACUUGGCCUACUACUGUACAUGCUUGCUUUGGCUGGAAAAAAAUGGUUUCUCUACUGUUUUUAUUGUUAUUAUUAAAAGGCCAAUACUUCUGGGAA